GUAAUCGAUUUCAGUUGCAACAACCUGACUCGAGUACCCCGUGGCAUCGAAAACGCCUCUGGCCUGCUUGUACUGAACCUCAGUGAAAACAACCUCACGGCCAUUCCGGAGGAGUUGUUUGUGCAGUGCACCAAUUUGAUGCUGUUAGACCUCUCAGAUAACCAGCUGCAAACCCUGCCUGCCCAUCUGCGCCGGUGUUCUUCCCUUCAGCAACUCAUCCUCAGCCGUAAUCCUCUCCAGCACUAUCCAUUGAGGGCAGUCGCUGCCAUCAAGCACCUUCAGGUCCUGCAUCUAUCCAAUACCCAGCGCCGCUUGGACAAUAUCCCCAGUGAACUGGACCGCCUUGAGAAGCUCGUAGAUUUGGAUCUGUCCGAAAACCAACUGAAUAGGAUCCCUGAGCCAGUUUUUCAGCUUCGAUCUCUCCGUAAACUGGACGUCAGCCGAAAUGCCAUCACUGAUCUCUCAAUGCUCACCGACAAUUGGCCUAACCUUGAGUACCUCAACCUCAGUUAUAACCAACUCCUCUGUCUUCCCUCCGGUCUCACACGACUUACAAAGUUGCGCAAGCUCUAUAUCAACAAUAAUCAGCUCAACUUUGAUGGGAUUCCCUCGGGCAUUGGAAAGUUGAACGAUCUCGAGGUGUUUGACGCUGCUCACAACCUCCUGGAAAACAUUCCGGAGGACUGUCUCGCGUUGGCUGCUAUUUAG